AUGAUGGGAAGGCUCAUGGUGUGCACGACCGUGCUGGCCCUGGCUGUGGCCAUGACAGCCAAGGCCUCGGACCUGCAGAUCACCACCCUGCACACCCCGCCGUCUUGCGCUGUCAAGGCUGCCAAGGGAGAUGGCGUGUCGGUGCACUACCGGGGCACCCUGCAAGCCGACGGCACGGAGUUCGACUCCAGCUACAAGCGGGGCCAGCCCAUCUCCUUCAAGCUGGGUGUCGGCCAAGUGAUCAAGGGCUGGGACCAGGGUGUGGAAGGCAUGUGCAUUGGCGAGAAGCGUAAGCUGGUCAUUCCCCCUGAGCUCGGCUACGGUGCCCGAGGUGCCGGCGGGGUAAUUCCGGGGGGCGCCACUUUGGUGUUCGAGACAGAGCUGGUGAGCAUCCAAGGCAAGACCGAGACCAUCUCCAUCUAG